UCCCCAGAAAUUGGCUUUGGCAGAUUAGGCACAAUAGGCCCCUACUUAACCAUAGAUAUGGGACCCACGUGACCUUAGAACAAUUCAAAUGGACUGACGACAGUGAAAUCAGGUGCUCUUGUAGUGAUGAGUCUGAGAUUUGAAACUUCUGCUUCUGUGGUGUAGUGUAACCCCCCCACGGAAAGUAAUUCCAGCUUUAGUUCCACGAUCCUCUUAAAGCGUCUUAAAGUGACACGAAAACCGUUGAUUGAACUCUUUAAAUGUAUCUCUCCGUGGUAAAAUAACACUUGGAACACUAAUUGGAAUUGUGAUAUAACGAUUGACAAUUAAACUAAGUCUAUAAGUGUUACUUUAACACUGCAACAUGUGAGGUGAGUAAAAUAACCGUGACGAGGGCCUCGCUCACUGAUUCGGGCUCCACUUCGACCGUGCGCCAUUUUUAUACCUCAACACACUCCUGCGAAGCCCUUUGGUGUGAGGGAAAAAUAAGACUGAGAGAACCUUGUUAACAAGACUCAUAAAUGAGCGUGUCAUUAGAACAAGAAAGGGCAUCAGGUCUUUUUCUAUAUUUGUGUGAUAUUUUAGUACUCACUGGAGACGUCGGCUAAUUAAAGUCAACACCUCGCUACUCACAGUAAUGGUAUGGCUUAAUAAACCACUGGCAUGCAGCCACAAAGACAUACCUGUUGUUCAUCAAAGGUCCAGAGAAGUGCCUUGGAGAUGAUCUGCCUUAGGAGACUAAUUAAAGGCAGCAAAUGAGCGUGAGAAUCAGUCAGUCUCUUCUUUUUUUUUUUGUCAUGCUUUAUGUUUGACCUUAAUGACGUCCUGACAGGGGUGAUGAUGUGGACAACACAGGGUAGUAUAAAAGACACUCGUCCUACCCCCAAGUUGACGAGAAGAUCAGAUGAUUCCCCCUUCACGCAAAUCAGAAGACAACGUGGUCCCCGACUGACUUCUGCAAAUCUGCUGGGAUGGACACAAAUAACAAGAAACUCCUGGUGCUGGUUUUGAUGUCUCUGGCGUCUCAUUUGACCUGUGAAGCUCACAGCGUGUCCGAGUGCUGCCGACAACCAUCUCGCUCCUGUCGCCUCUACGUGUUGCUGUGCCGCCCUGGCACCAAUGCCUUGGGUGGAACCCUCGCUGGAGACGCCGCUGCUGGCAUCCUCACCCUGGGCAAACGGGGAGAGGAAGAUCAUCGCAUGCACAGCCGACUCAACCACCUCCUGCAGGUGUCCAGGAACCAAGCAGCAGGAAUCCUGACUAUGGGGAAGAGGAUGGAGGAGAAGGUGGGAGAGCAGUACAUGGACUGGAUGGCUCAGUCAGGAACCACCAUCACAACACCCCUUCCUUUGUGACUGCAUGGUGUAUAAAUACUGGGACUUUGUUCAAAUGUAUGUAGGAAAAUACUCCAUUUAUUUUGUAAGUGGUAUAUAAAAUGUACAUUUUUGGGGAAAUUUGUUUUCGUCUGUGCCUUAAUAUGGUUUUGUA